AUGUGGUGCAAGAAGUCGUCGAGGCCAACGGCUGUCCUCGUACGGGGACUGACGCCGGCGAGGACACCGCAGAGAUUCUUCCACCUCACUAUCUUUAGGAGAAACUCGCCUCUUGGGCUCCUUGUUCAGUUCCAUGCUAAGAGACGAGACCCUCCCAAAGACAGCGAACUUGAAGAUUUCUUCGAUUUCCUUGCCGACGUCAGUCCCCGUAGGAGCACAACAAUUAGCUUCGACGACUUCUUGCACCACGUAAUGCAGAACGCUCCGUGGCCCGAGCUACAAUAUUUCCGGUGGGACGGCAGCGAUUGCACUGAUCUUUCCAACCGGAUGUUGCUCAACUUCAUGCGAAGUCGGUCAGGCAACGUUCACCAUCAUGACUCGCGAGUUGGUCAUCUCAAAGAGUUCGUUGUGACCCUUCAGCGAGAACAGCAAUUCGCUCUCAGUGUUUGGGACCUUGGAGAUCUCUGGUGGGAGAUCAACUACGCUGACAAGCGCUAUUCGGAGAGUGGAACUCGAAGUAUCUCCCUGGACGAUGAACAGCGAGAUAUAUGGGAUACCGAAUUCGGCUGGCGGACGGUUUAA